AUGAGGGUGUCGACUCCAACCCUUGCCCUUUCUGUGUCCCUCCUUGGGAAGCUGGCCCUUGGGCUUUCAGCUGCAGAAUGGCGCACUCAAUCCAUCUACUUCCUUUUGACGGAUCGGUUCGGUAGGGCGGACAAUUCGACUACAGCUACGUGCGAUACGGGUGACCAAAUCUAUUGUGGCGGAAGUUGGCAAGGAAUCAUCAACCAUCUGGACUAUAUCCAGGGCAUGGGAUUCACAGCUAUCUGGAUCUCGCCUAUCACUGAGCAGCUGCCCCAGGAUACUUCGGACGGUGAAGCCUACCAUGGAUACUGGCAGCAGAAGAUAUACGAUGUGAACUCCAACUUCGGCACUGCCGAUGACCUGAAGUCCCUCUCGGAUGCUCUUCACGCCCGUGGUAUGUACCUCAUGGUCGAUGUUGUUCCCAACCACAUGGGCUACGCAGGCAACGGCAACGAUGUGGAUUACAGCGUCUUCGACCCCUUCGACUCCUCUUCCUACUUCCACCCAUACUGCCUCAUCACGGAUUGGGACAAUUUGACCAUGGUUCAAGAUUGUUGGGAGGGUGACACCAUCGUGUCUCUGCCCGACUUGAACACCACCGAAACCGCCGUGAGAACAAUCUGGUAUGACUGGGUAGCCGACCUUGUAUCCAAUUACUCAGUCGACGGCCUCCGCAUCGACAGUGUCCUCGAAGUCGAACCAGACUUCUUCCCGGGCUACCAAGAAGCAGCAGGAGUCUACUGCGUCGGUGAAGUCGACAACGGCAACCCUGCUCUCGACUGCCCAUACCAAGACUAUCUAGAUGGCGUUCUCAACUACCCCAUCUACUGGCAACUUCUCUACGCCUUUGAAUCCUCCAGCGGCAGCAUCAGCGACCUCUACAACAUGAUCAAGUCCGUCGCCAGCGACUGCUCCGAUCCGACGCUCCUCGGCAACUUUAUCGAGAACCACGACAAUCCCCGUUUCGCCUCCUACACAUCCGACUACUCCCAAGCCAAAAACGUCCUCAGCUACAUCUUCCUCUCCGACGGCAUCCCCAUCGUCUACGCCGGCGAAGAGCAGCACUACUCCGGCGGCGACGUGCCCUACAACCGCGAAGCGACCUGGCUAUCAGGCUACGAUACCUCCGCGGAGCUCUACACCUGGAUAGCUACCACGAACGCGAUCCGCAAACUAGCUAUCUCAGCGGACUCAGACUACAUUACUUACGCGAACGACCCAAUCUACACAGACAGCAACACCAUCGCCAUGCGCAAAGGCACCUCAGGCAGCCAGGUCAUCACCGUCCUCUCAAACAAAGGCUCCUCCGGAAGCAGCUACACCCUCUCCCUCAGCGGAAGUGGCUACACGUCCGGCACGGAGCUCAUCGAAGCGUACACAUGCACGUCUGUGACGGUGGACUCGAACGGGGAUAUCCCUGUUCCGAUGGCUUCGGGAUUACCCAGGGUUCUUCUGCCUGCUUCGGUGGUUGAUAGUUCUUCGCUUUGCGGGGGAAGUGGUAGCACAACCACAACUGCAGCUACCUCCACAUCCACAUCCAAAGCCACCUCCUCUUCUUCUACUACUACUUCAUCAUCAUGCACCGCAACAUCCACCACCCUCCCCAUCACCUUCGAAGAACUAGUCACCACCACCUACGGCGAAGAAAUCUACCUGAGCGGAUCUAUCUCCCAGCUCGGGGAGUGGGAUACGAGCGAUGCGGUGAAGUUGUCUGCGGAUGAUUAUACCUCGAGUAAUCCUGAAUGGUAUGUUACUGUGUCGUUGCCGGUGGGGACGACCUUCGAGUAUAAGUUUAUUAAGGUCGAGGAGGAUGGGAGUGUGACUUGGGAAAGUGAUCCGAAUAGGGAGUAUACUGUGCCGGAGUGUGGGAGUGGGGAGACGGUGGUUGAUACGUGGAGGUAG